AUGACUACUGCUGACGAGUACAAACAACAAGGUAAUGCAGCUUUUGUUGCUAAGGACUACGAGAAGGCCAUUGAUCUCUUCUCCAAGGCCAUUGAGGUUUCUGAGACUCCAAACCAUGUUUUCUAUUCCAACAGAUCUGCUUGCUAUGCAAGUUUGAAGAAGUUCCCUGAGGCUCUUAACGACGCCGAGGAGUGUGUGAAGAUUAAUCCAACUUGGUCCAAGGGUUACAACAGAUUGGGUGCUGCGCACUUAGGUCUAGGUGACCUAGAUGAAGCUGAGGGCAGUUAUAAGAAGGCGUUAGAGUUGGACGGUAGCAAUCAAGCUGCGAAGGACGGCUUAGAUCAAGUUAAGAGAACGCAGGAGUCUAGACAAGGUAUGCCUGACCUUGGGUUGUCUAAGAUAUUUGCCGAUCCAAACCUGAUCGAAAAUUUGAAGAAAAACCCAAAGACCAGUGAAAUGAUGAAGGACCCAGAAUUAGUGGCUAAGCUAAUCAAGUACAAGACUAACCCACAGGCUAUGUCUCAGGACUUAUUUACCGAGCCAAGAUUGAUGACCAUUAUGGCCACUCUGAUGGGUGUCGACCUAAACAUGCCAGACUUGAGCUCAUCUAACUCAAUGCCUAAAGAGCCAACUGAGACACCAGAGCAAUCCAAAGAGACACCAGCUGAACAAAAAUCUGAACCACAAGCCGAAGCAACGAAAGCUGAACCUGAACCAAUGGAGGUAGAUUCUGCCGGAAACGAAGAAACCUCUAAAAAGGAAGAAGCUGAAAAGGAAAAAGCUCUUGGUAACAAAGCUUAUAAGGCACGCCAAUUCGAUGAGGCUAUUGCUCAUUAUGAUGCCGCCUGGAACUUACAUCAAGAUAUCACUUAUUUGAACAACAGGUCAGCUGCUGAGUUUGAGAAGGGAGAUGCCGAAACAGCUUUAAAGACACUUGAUGAAGCUGUGGAGAAAGGUAGGGAAAUGAGAACUGAUUAUAAACUAAUUGCAAAGUCAUUCGCACGUAUGGGUAAUGUGCACCAUAAGACAAACAACCUAAAGAAAGCCAUUGAGUUUUAUCAAAAGUCUCUUACCGAACACCGUACACCAGAGAUUCUAACAAAACUAAGAAAUACCGAAAAAGAACUGAAGAAGCAAGAAGCUGAGGAAUAUAUUAACCCAGAAAAGGCCGAAGAAGCUCGUCUAGAAGGUAAAGACUAUUUUACCAAGGGUGACUGGCCAAAUGCUGUCAAGGCUUACACUGAGAUGAUCAAAAGGGCACCAGAAGAUGCUAGAGGCUACUCCAAUAGAGCGGCUGCGUUGUCAAAGCUAAUGUCUUUCCCAGAAGCUAUCGAAGACUGUAACAAAGCUAUCGAGAAGGAUCCUAACUUUAUCAGAGCUUACAUCAGAAAGGCCACGGCACAAAUUGCUGUAAAGGAAUUUGCUGCGGCCAUUGAGACUUUAGAUGCUGCUAGGACAAAGGAUGCUGAAGUUAACAACAGUGCUAAUGUUAGAGAGAUUGACCAAUUAUACGUCAAGGCAUCUCAGCAGAGAUUCCAACCGGCUUCUAGUAACGAAACGCCAGAACAAGUAUAUGAAAGAGCAAUGAAGGACCCAGAGGUCAUUGCUAUCAUGCAAGACCCUGUGAUGCAAAGCAUCUUGCAACAAGCUCAACAAAAUCCUGCUGCAUUACAAGAACAUAUGAAGAAUCCUGACGUCUUUAAGAAAAUUCAAACAUUAAUUGCUGCUGGUAUCAUCCGUACCGGUCCUUAA